GUGGACCCCCUCGAUAUAGAGCUGUGAGGUGAUCCACAAACCCAAGCACCAAGAACUCGGUUCCGGUCCUUGGCAGAUGGGCAUCGGUAUCAUUCACUAACCAGGAUGGAAACCGUACCCUUAAAUUCUCAGAAGGAGGUCUCAGCCUGUAAGGACGGAGAAGAUUGUCAGGAAAACGGAGUUCUACAGAAGGGUGUCCCUGCCCCAGCAGAUAAAGCAGAGUCCGGCCAAAUAUCCAAUGGAUACUCAGCGGUUCCGAGUCCCGGUGCCGGGGAUGACGCGCGGCACUCUGUCCCGGCUGCCACCACCGCCCUAGUGGCUGAGGUCCAUCAAGGGGAGCGGGAGACCUGGGGCAAAAAGGUGGAUUUCCUCCUCUCAGUCAUUGGCUACGCUGUGGACCUGGGCAACGUCUGGCGCUUUCCCUACAUAUGUUACCAGAACGGAGGGGGGGCGUUCCUCCUGCCCUACACCAUCAUGGCCAUUUUUGGGGGGAUCCCGCUCUUUUACAUGGAGCUCGCGCUGGGGCAGUACCAUCGAAAUGGAUGCAUUUCAAUCUGGAGGAAAAUCUGCCCAAUUUUCAAAGGGAUCGGUUACACCAUCUGCAUCAUUGCCUUUUACAUUGCUUCCUACUACAACACCAUCAUGGCCUGGGCACUGUACUACCUCAUCUCCUCCUUCACCGACCAGCUGCCCUGGACCAGCUGCAAGAACUCCUGGAACACUGGCAACUGCACCAACUACUUCUCUGAGGGCAACAUCACCUGGACACCCCAUUCCACAUCCCCCGCUGAAGAGUUUUACACGCGCCACGUCCUACAGAUCCACCGGUCCAAGGGACUCCAGGACCUGGGGGGCAUCAGCUGGCAGCUUGCCCUCUGCAUCAUGCUGAUCUUCACUGUUAUCUAUUUCAGCAUCUGGAAAGGUGUCAAAACAUCUGGCAAGGUGGUGUGGGUGACAGCCACCUUCCCUUACAUCGUCCUUUCUGUCCUGCUGGUGAGGGGGGCCACUCUACCGGGAGCCUGGAGGGGUGUUCUCUUCUACUUGAAACCCAACUGGCAGAAACUCCUGGAGACAGGGGUAUGGGUGGAUGCUGCUGCUCAGAUCUUCUUCUCUCUCGGUCCGGGCUUUGGGGUCCUACUGGCUUUUGCUAGCUACAACAAAUUCCACAACAACUGUUACCAAGAUGCCCUGGUGACCAGUGUGGUGAACUGCAUGACGAGCUUCGUUUCGGGAUUUGUCAUCUUCACGGUGCUAGGGUACAUGGCUGAGAUGAGGAACGAGGAUGUGUCUGAGGUGGCCAAAGAUGCAGGCCCCAGCCUCCUCUUCAUCACAUAUGCAGAAGCUAUAGCCAACAUGCCAGCGUCCACGUUCUUUGCCAUCAUCUUCUUCCUGAUGUUAAUCACGCUGGGCUUGGACAGCACGUUUGCAGGCUUGGAGGGGGUGAUCACGGCUGUGUUGGAUGAAUUCCCGCACAUCUGGGCCAAACGCCGGGAGUGGUUUGUACUCGCUGUGGUCAUUACCUGCUUCUUCGGAUCCCUGAUCACCCUGACUUUUGGCGGGGCCUACGUGGUGAAGCUGCUGGAGGAGUAUGCCACAGGGCCUGCCGUGCUUACUGUCGUACUUAUAGAAGCCAUUGCUGUGUCUUGGUUCUACGGCAUCUCUCAGUUCUGCAGUGAUGUGAAGGAAAUGCUUGGCUUCAGCCCUGGAUGGUUUUGGAGGAUCUGCUGGGUAGCCAUCAGCCCUGUGUUUCUCCUGUUCAUCCUUUGCAGUUUUUUGAUGAGCCCACCACAGCUACGACUUUUCAAUUAUAAUUAUCCCCACUGGUCUAGCAUCCUGGGGUACUGCAUAGGAACUUCAUCUUUCAUCUGUAUCCCCACAUACAUAACUUAUCGGCUGAUCAUCACUCCAGGGACAUUUAAGGAGCGCAUUAUUAAAAGUAUCACUCCAGAAACACCAACAGAAAUUCCCUGUGGGGACAUCCGCUUGAAUGUUGUGUAACACACUUCCAUGAGAGGCAAAAGGCUCCAACGACCUCUUCCUUCAGUUCUGACGAGUCACGCCUCGCCUCUCCCCUCUAAGUGAAUGAGUUUCCAGCUAAGCCUGACGACGGAAGGGCCUUCUCCACAGACACACAGUCCCAGGAAACGACGGCGCCCGAACUCAUAUGGCCUCCAGCCACUCCUUUCCAUGAAAUCUCCUGGACGUAUUCCCACGUUAGACUGCGCCGCAGCAGAAUUGGCCUAUUUUGGAUGUGUGAGGGUGUGUAUGGAGGUGAUGAAAACCACCCUAUCAUCAGUUAGGAGUAGGUUUAAAAUCAAGUCUGUGAAAGUCUCCUGUAUCAUUUCUUGGUAUCUGACAUCUAUUUGCUUCUAAAGGUUUCACUGUUCGUGAAUGCAUAAACCACGUAGGAGAAAACAGGGAUGAUGUCUUGCUAGCCAUAUAUUUUCUGAGUAGCAUAGAAUUCUAUAGCUGGAAUCUACUAGAACCCUCUAACCUGUGUGCUGCUGUGGAGUCAGGAAAGGAAGAUGUAAGAAGCUAA